CCUCCGCCGCCGCCAACCGCCGCCUCAGCCUGCGCCGCCGCCGCCGCGCACGCCAUGGGAGCCGUGACUGACGACGAAGUCAUACGGAAGCGUCUCCUAAUUGAUGGAGAUGGCGCUGGUGAUGAUCGAAGAAUUAAUCUGCUAGUGAAAAGUUUCAUUAAAUGGUGCAACUCUGGAUCCCAGGAAGAGGGAUACAGCCAGUACCAACGUAUGCUGAGCACACUGUCCCAGUGUGAAUUUUCAAUGGGCAAAACUUUGCUGGUAUAUGAUAUGAAUCUCAGAGAAAUGGAAAAUUAUGAAAAAAUUUACAAAGAAAUAGAAUGUAGCAUUGCUGGAGCACAUGAAAAAAUUGCUGAGUGUAAAAAGCAAAUUCUUCAAGCAAAACGAAUACGAAAAAAUCGCCAAGAAUAUGAUGCUUUGGCAAAAGUGAUUCAGCAUCAUCCAGACAGGCAUGAGACAUUAAAAGAACUAGAGGCUCUGGGCAAAGAAUUAGAGCAUCUCUCACAUAUUAAGGAAAGUGUUGAAGACAAGCUGGAAUUGAGACGGAAACAGUUUCAUGUUCUUCUUAGUACCAUCCACGAACUUCAGCAAACACUGGAAAACGACGAAAAGCUCUCAGAGGUGGAGGAAGCCCAGGGAACGAGCAUGGACGCAGACCCUAAGCCGUAGGCAGGCCAGCACCCUCCCCUCGCGGGAGAGGUCGCAGCGUGAUCUCGGCGUGUUUAGAAUUUGCUGUGCUCUUGAGAUAUUUAAAGUUUUGACAGUGAACUACUUUGCUUUUAAAUGUUCAAGUACAGUUCAUUCGUAUUUCUUCAGACAAAGGAAAAUGACUUUAGUAUAGAUUUGUUUUUUAUUGAAAUACCUUUUUUAUUUUUAAAAAGUAAGAAGCAACAUCCAAAAAUGUUUAAUAAAACUUUUUCAAGC